AUUCCCCAUAUCUGCAGCAAGCAGCAGCCACAGCAGAUGAUUGAGGAACACGUGCACCAUCAGAUCUUCUUAAUCACAGAAAAAAAAGAAGAAAAGUAAAAACAGGAAGAGCUAAUAUCCAAUCAUAUUCUCUGACACCCCCAUCAAAAAAAUAAUAAAAAAAUAAUCUGACACCCCCAAUCAAUAUUUCUCACACACAUACUUUUUCUCUCUCCUCUCUCCAUUUUCUCUCCUUACUUCCUCCUCCAUACACCACCAAAAUCAACUUCACAACCUCAUUUUUCUUUCUUUCUUUAUUCAAUUGUGCUAAAAUUCCCAAUUAUUUUGAGUUAUAUUUCCCCAAAAAGUAUACCAAAAAAAAUGGCAGCAUACUAUCACAAUCAUCAUCAUCAUAAUCAUAUUAAUAAUAACAACAAUAAUAAUCCUGUCACAAAUUCAGAAAUCCAAGAUCAUAGUACUAAUAAUUUUCAUACACUAAUUCUCAUGAACCCAAAUUUAGCUGAUCCUCAACAACAACAACAUCAACAACAACUACAAUCACAACAACUAACAACAGCAUCAUCUCAAUCUCACAACAUCCUCCUCUUAAACUCUGCUGCUACCGCCGCAGCCGCGGCGGCAGCAGCAGCAACUCUCUCUCCUCCACAACCACUACUUUCCCACCACCACCACUUUGUGCGUUUGCCUACUUCAUCACCGCCCGAACCCAAUAAUAUUACUUUGUACGGAUACCCAUCUCAUGAGGCGCGUGACUUGCCACGCGCUAGGCAGGGGCUCUCCUUGAGCCUUUCUUCUCAAAACCACGCGAUAGCGGGUGGGUCCCACCAAGGUGGAGAUGGUAACAUGGGUAGUACUGGUGGGCAUAAUUCGAUAUAUGGGUCUAAGUACUUGAAAGCAGUUCAAGAGCUACUUGAAGAGGUAGUACAUCUAGGUGAUCAUAAUAGUACUAGUGUUAUCUACAAGAAUAACACUAGUACUACUACUAAUACUAAUAAUGAUAAUGAUAAUGAUGGUUCAAUCAAAAAGUAUGGUGGAGAGUCUCCGUCUAAUGAAAGAGACGGAGGCCGUGGCGGAGGUGGAGGUGGAGGUGGAGGCGGAGGAGGUGGACAACUUAGCACAGCUGAGAGACAGGAGAUUCUGAUGAAGAAGACUAAACUUGUUACUAUGCUUGAUGAGGCAGAGCAAAGAUACAGGCAAUACAAUCACCAAAUGCAAAUUGUGAUAGAAUCAUUUGAGCAAGGAGCAGUUGGAUCAGCAAAGACAUAUACAGCGUUGGCAUUGAAGACGAUUUCGAAGCAGUUUAGGUGCUUAAAAGAUGCAAUUCAAGGGCAAAUUCGAGCAGCUAACAAGACAUUAGGUGAUGAUCAAGAAGGUGGUUCAGGAUCAUUAGCUGGUGGGAAGAUUGAAGGGUCUAGAUUGAAAUACAUUGAUCAUCAGAUUAGACAACAACGCGCGCUUCAGCAGCUUGGAAUGAUCCAAAAUCCUAAUGCUUGGAGGCCUCAAAGAGGGUUGCCUGAGAGAUCAGUUUCUGUUCUUCGCGCUUGGUUGUUUGAGCACUUCUUACACCCGUAUCCAAAGGAUUCUGAUAAGAUCAUGCUUGCCAAACAAACAGGACUUACUAGAAGCCAGGUAUCAAAUUGGUUCAUAAAUGCUCGUGUACGUUUAUGGAAGCCAAUGAUUGAAGAAAUGUACACAGAAGAGCUUAAGGAGCAAGAACGAUUAUCAGAAGAGAAACUAGGAAACAGUAGCAAGGAAAACAGCAACAAUGAGAAUGAUUCAGGUGCUUUGAAUUACUUAAACAACCAAGAGAAAACCAACAUUAUUGCUGAAAAUCAUCAAGUUAACAACUGUAAGGAACAAAACAAUGCUGCUUCUACUUCCUCAUUCAUUUCCAUUCCAUCAGGUAAUAAUACUACAAUGGCUAAUCAAAACCAACAUGGGUUCACCCUUUCGAGUUCAUUAGAUAUGGAAGAUGCUGGGAUAUCUCCUAGAGGGCCUAAGAGACAGAGAAAUGAUGAUCAAGUUCUUCGCUACGACGAGAGUAAUAAUGGAGAGAUCAUGAUAAAGUUUGGGAAUGAGAAGCAAGGAAGAGAGAAUGAAAAUGGUUAUCCCAUUAUAUCUGGUGGAAUGAAUUUUAUAGGAAUGGGAGGAGGGGACUUAGGAACAUACCCAAUUGGAGAAAUAGGUAGGUUUGAAACAGAGGAUUUCUCUCCACAACCAAGGUUUCUUCAUGGGAAUGGGAUUUCCCUUUCCCUUGGACUUCCUCCUUGUGAGAAUCAUCCUCAACAACUCGAAAAUCUUUCGGCUACAAACCAUACAUUUCUGUCACCAAAUCACACAUUUCUGUCACCUUCUUUUGCAUAAUUGCAUAGAAACUUAGAUAUAUAUUGUUCAAAUAGUUUAAGAUUGGGAUAGUAUAUAUAAGGAUCUUGGGAAUGUAUAUUAAUUUUGUAGCAUAUUCAUGUUAUAUAUCAUAUAUGGAUAGUAAAUAGAUUGGAAUGUUGUUAGUAAUUAGUAUACCUAAGGUUGCAAUUAUAUAUGCAGAUAGUAUUAUAUGCUACUCCUGCAUGACUUUCAGCUUGUUUUGCUAGAAUAAGAUCUCUUUUUUUCAAGUUGCAUAGUAUACUAAUGAUAUCAAUUUAUAUGUAUCUUUCUGAUGA